AUGAAACAGAAUUUCAGGAAUCCUACAUCACAUACUAAUACAGUCUUCUGUGUUUUAUUCAAGUAAAAGCUAGGCCAAGGUAACAGCAGAAUUUCGGAUUCACUGUCCCGUUCGGCGUUCGAAAUCUUCUGCCACCAACUUUUGGUUUUCUAUAUCUAAUUUAAUUAUGAUUGCUCAUUGGAUGCCAUGUAAAAUCGAAGCGGACGGGAUGAAAUUGAAUACGCAACUUCAAUCUUCGGAAACUCUUAACACUGAACCUGGUGCUUUAAGUAAUCAUGAAUUGGCUUCAAACUUCCGGGGUAGACCAUUACGAGGUGUUCAGCUUAACCUCCCUGAUAGUUAUUCACCAGUGGUUGUUCAUCAUAAUGGUAUUGUAUCAGACGACGGGAGAGAAUCAAUCAAAUUUGGGACUAGGCUCGAUAAAAUAUUUCUAUGGAAUUUAUCCACAUCACCGAGUUUCUCAGAUCCUAUACCAUUAUCUCUCACCUGGCUUCAUAUGGCUAGCGUUUUGCACUCGAACUCUUAGUAUUUACUAAUACAUGUUGUUCAAACUGUAUAUCUCUUUGUUGUGAUGACUGGUAACUUCAAACGUAUCUGUAUAACUAAACGAAUGAUGAUCAAAAAAGUAUUGUUGACUUCUUUCUGUUAAUAAAAACUUUCAGUGAUAAUUUAUUUAAAUAAAAACUAGGCGUCAUAUCAAAAUGGCAAAUUCAAGUUCUUAGAAAGGCAUGAUUAAGAAAUAUGUAUGGAAGGGACUCUGUGUUCAACAUGCUAACAAAAUAGUACCAACUUUUU